CUGGUAGAAUAUGGCGGCGGGUAUACUUUCUUUUGGAAAGGACUCGCUUCCUCGGAGCCGCGAAGGUCUGGUGUAGGCUUUGCUGUCAAGAACUACCUUGCUGCUCAACUGCAAGAGUACCCUGUACACAUCUCGGACCGCAUUACCACAUUGCGCCUUCACAUGGAACGUGAAAGCUAUCUUAAUAUCAUCAGUGUCUAUGCCCCUACGCUGGACAAGUCUGAUGAUAUUAAGGAUAAAUUCUACGAAGAAUUGACGCGGUGCGUAAAUCGUAUUCGUCCAAGAGAGCAAAUCCUUCUCAUGGGCGACUUUAACGCCCGAGUAGGACGAGACUAUGACGCCUGGCCUAAAGUUCUCGGCAGACAUGGUGUUGGUAAAAUGAACAGCAGCGGCCAAUUGUUGCUUAGUCUUUGUGCACAAUUGGAUCUUGCAAUUACAAAUACUAUGUUCAGACUGCCUGCCAAGUACAAGGCAACGUGGAUGCACCCCAGAUCGAAACAUUGGCACCUUAUCGAUUACGCCAUCGUGCGUCAAAAAGACAUAUCUCAAGUCCAAGUCACCCGUGUCAUGCGUGGUGCUCAUUGUUGGACUGAUCACCGGCUUGUUAUUAUUAAAUUAAAUCUUCGUCUUCCACCUCCUUGUAGAGUGGGAAGAUCUAAACAGAUACGUCUGAACCUCGAACGACUCCAAGAUACUAACACGAAGGCUAAAUAUGCCGAAACCUUGAACACUGCUCUGCAGCCCCUCGAUCUAAAAUUAGGUGAGAUCGAUGUUGUCUGGGAGUCUCUAUCUUCUUGUGUUCUCGACACUGCUAAAUCUACUUUGGGUUUGAGAGUUCGAAAACAUGAGGACUGGUUUGAUGAGAAUGAUGGGAUACUUACAGGCGCUAUUGAUAAACACCGUAGGCUCCUAAAGCAGCACAGUAGAACUCAUCAGAGUGGAGGUGCUAUGGAGUUGCGUCAAAGUGAUCUGGAGCUGCGUAAACUCGCACGACAAGCGAAAGACAAGUGGUGGCAGGAGAAGGCUCGUCAGAUGCAGUGGCUCGCUGAUACCAACCAGCUCGGUGAGUUUUAUGCUGAGGUGCGACAUCUACUCGGUACGUCCUCUAUGGCAAAAGUUCCACUGAAGUCAACUAGUGGUGGAGCGCUUUUUAAAAGCAGGGAGGAAAUACUCGGGCGAUGGGCGGAGCAUUUUAACACCCUACUUAACGUGGAUCAUUUUGUUGACCUAGACCACGUUCGCUGCCUACCUCAACAACCUUUCGCCCUCGAGCUAGAUGAGCCAAUCUCGCCUGGCGAGGUUGCUCUUGCCAUUAGGCAACAGCAAAAUAAACGCGCGGUUGGUGUUGAUUUUAUACCGGAGAUCGUCUACGCAGACGAUUUAUGUUUUGUGGCCGAUUCCCCAGCUGGCCUGCAACAGCUUGUGACCACCUUUCAUGAGUCGUGCCGUAUUUUUGGUCUGAAGAUAAGUGUUAAAAAGACGGAAGUGAUGUCUUUAGAUAUCUACGGUCAAGAGACACUGGCCGUCAAACUCGGUGAUGAUAUACUUAAGCAGAUCAAUACAUUUCGUUAUCUGGGGAGCACGAUAACAUCAAAGUGUGACCUUGAUGCUGAAAUCAACAGUCGAAUCGGUGCCGCGGCUGCGGUAUUCGGUAAACUGGAUCGCAAGGUCUUUGGCUCACAUGACCUAAAGCUGGCUACCAAAAUUGGUAUUUAUAAGGCGGUAGUGCUGCCUAACAUACUGUACUCUUCAGAGUCAUGGACAGUUUACCGCCGUCAUAUACGGACGCUGGAUCGCUUCCACUUGCAAUGUCUGCGCAAAAUUCUCAACAUCCGUUGGUCUGAUCGCAUUCGGAAUACGGAAGUGCUGCGUAGAGCCUAUACCAUGGGGAUUGAAGCCUACCUUAUGGGGCGACAACUCCGUUGGUGUGGACACUUAUCGCGAAUGUCAGAUCAGCGUACGGCUAAGUGCAUCUUUUUCUCUGAACUUGAGAAGGGCAAGCGUAAGCAUGGCGGACAACUUCUCAGGUACAAAGAUGUACUUAAGCGCCACAUGACGAAGUGCGACAUUGAGCCUUCAGAGUGGGAGCAAGCAGCCGCUCGACGACCGGAGUGGAGAUCUUUGGUGAAAGCCAAGGUCAAAAUGUUUGAGGAGAAUCGAUGCUCUGAAUUGGACGCCCGACGUGAUGAACUCAAAGCACGCCCACCUUGUGCGAUUAACUAUAAUUUCUGUAAUGGUGUGCUCACCUGCCCGCAUUGCACGCGAACAUUUGUAAAUAAGAUCGGCUACGUUAGCCAUGCACGAGCACACCAACGACAAGAUCGGAGCUGA